GGUACUAAUAAGACGGAGUGAUAUGGCUCGGAACCGGAUCAGUACUAGCUGACAUGUGACUGAAAAGCCGACUCAGUCUCGUCUUCUGUUUUAGUUAUGAAGGUGAGAUACUGCGCUAGAGCUCGUCACAGAUGUGGUUAAAUACAUUGUACCUCUCGCUGCAAAUGUUCAUUUACUGACGUACACAGAGACAACGCUAAGCAUUUUCAAAAAUCAAUCCUCCUCCAACGACCUACUUACUUGCUGCUGAGGCUAGGCACUGGCACGCAGUGCGGGACGAACCAUCCCAGCUGCGAUCAGUAUUCUCUCAGUUUUACAGAAUGAUUCUAGCUGCUGUACACUGUAGCCUAGUGUAGCAGUGCCACUGGCUUGAGAGUUCGGCUUGUCAAGAUAUCACGGACACACUGUCAAGGAAGACUGUGCACACUUGGUCGACCGCAGCAGGAAAAUCAGGAACGCAAGUUUGCCUCAUUGCACGCGACUGACUCUCGCAUAAGUCCUGACUUUUCGUCACGAGUAGCACUUCACUCAUCGUAUAAGCGUUGCUUCACAGACGAGCAGCUCCUCAUUCUCAGUUCAAUGAGCAUUGCAGAAGAAGACGUGCCGGACACGAAGCUCCUUCAGCCCUUGGGACUGAACACCGAGGAGGAGAAAUACAGCAGCUCAGACAAGGGACCACGAGGAGACCGACGCCACUCGCCUUUGCAACUGGAAACCGAAGAAAUCAAAGGCGUUAGUGUUGAGCACAAGACAGAGGACUCUCCCAACAGCAGUGGCUCUGCUGAUAACUCCAGGGCGAUGGCUAGUGUAUGCCUUCAGCCCUACGUCAUCAAGAGACACCAGGACACAAGCGUCAGCAAUGACAAGGACUGGCCACACUAUGAUGAGCCAACCCAGUCUGGCUGUGGAGAGCCACCGCCACUGAUUCCAAUACUGAGCAGGAGAUCGCAUCGUCAGGUUGCUGGAGCCGCAUCAUCCUGCGCACAGCAAGCAAUAAUCGAGCUGCAAUCCAUCAGCAAUGCCCCACAUCCUAGCCACCACCACACCAGUCAAACAGUGGAUGUUCACAGGUUACAGCUCGUCAAAGCACAAGACAUUGGCCAAGAGCCUCCUGCUUCUCACAAAGAUUGUGAAGUAUCCACCCGAGCAACGCACCAUACAUCAAGCGCUCAGCCCACUGAUUUCGCCCAGUGCAGAAUUACUCGCAAAGAUGCGGGCAAUUCGCACCGUAUCCUGGAUCAAUCAGACUGGAGGCCUGCCUCCACUGAACUCAAUGAGAGUCCGAACAAGGAUGCAACACCUGGUGACAGCAAAGCUACAUCUUUUGACAGGCAAGUGAUGGCACAUGACCUGGCUAUGCAUCCCAGAGCAAUGGCAGUGAUGAGCCAGUAUCAAUCGCACAUGGAAAAGCGGAUACAGGAGCGACGACGGGCACUGCAGCAGCGUCUGCUUCUCAAGAGAGCCAGUAGUUUCGGCAAGCAUGGUCGCGUUACAUCACCUACAACCACUGCGACGACGCACGCUGAUGCUGCAAAAAGCACCAACUCAACAUCUCACACACAUUUACCCACCCAAUAUUGCAGAAACCAGCAAAUUAGCCCCAGUCUGACAGGUCCAGCCUGUCGACCUCUGUCAACUUCGUCCAUCCCACAAGGAAACCAUUUCACUCAUCUCUUCAGUCAGCAGGAAAUCAGCGAUGGUUUUGAUCCCAAUCGAGCGAGUGGCCUUCAGGCUAAACUCAAGGAUGACCCUGCCACUAGAAGGUUGCCCGAUGGCAAGGUGGUGUUCGGCUGUAACCAGUGCGAGGAGUCAUUUGUGUGGCGACGUCAUUUGGAGCGGCACUUUGAGACGCACCGCACAAAAAACAAGGGGAUGCUGUGCCGCCUGUGUGGGAAGUGCUUUACUCGACCGGACCACUUGAACAGGCAUUGUAGUACUGCACAUGGCUGCCAAGACCUGCCUUGUCAGCUUUGUGGUGAGGUGUUCCAAAGAGCCUCGCAUCUGGACCGGCACUGGCUGAGCACGCACAAGGCUGAUGAUUUUCUGCCAAAGUGCUGUCCAACCAGUACAACUGGCCCUGAUAAAGGACAGUCAAAGAGACGAGGGUCACAGAGGCCAGGCGGGUCACGUCAUUGCCAUGACAACUCCAGUGAAGCUAUGAGCGCAGAUUUACUUCGAUCUACUGCUACUCAACCUGCUUCUAGAGUGACACACUCAACUUCCAGCGUGCCUAUGACCAUUGUACUCAACCAUGGCAAGACUUUGCUGCCACUUUAUCAACCUCGGGCACAGCUUCUAACAAUACCGCACACCGCCCUGACAUCGACCAAUGACCGACCUCGAGCUUCAGCGCAGGAAGUUAGUGCAGCUCAGUCUGCACGAGCAUCACCAUUAUCAACUCCAUCCUCACCCAACUCAUCAUUGCUUAGUCCUGGGUCUGAUGUCGCUGGUGACAUGUUGACCAACAGCGCCAAUAUGAACCCAUUCUCAUGCACGAAUUGUGGAAGACACUUCGCUCGUCGCCAGUUCCUCAAGGCGCACAUCUCCAUUGCUCACAGCACAGCUGGUAAUGAUGCAGAGUGCGAUGGAGAUACCCAACCCACCAGCCUCCCACCACUCAUUAAAUCCACUACCGCUGAGAUCACGAAGGAGGAAGAUAGAAUGAUAAUACAAGAUUAUGAGGACAGCAGCAACACUGCAGAUGUCGACUGCGACGAAUAUGACGACAAUGACGACAUUUGUAGCUAUACAGUGGAGUGCUCUGACACCGAGUGUUCUGACCCAUUCGAUGACUGCAUGUCGGCAGAGGGCGAGCCUAUGAAUGAGCGUAUGUGCGAGUCUAUGAUUCACAACUCAUUUUACAGGCAUGAAGACAAUGUGAAAGAGUGAUUUCACGAACCAUAAUAUGACAUUUGUGUAGUGUCCUUGUUUUGACUUUUAAAAUUGAAUUUUUGCAAUUCGCUGCCUUCCAUUUUCACCGUCCUGAUGCCUAGCACUUAACGAUAUCAAGAUCUUUCCUUGUUGAACAUGGAACACCAGUUGAGUACCAUGAUUAUACAUCUUCCUGAUUUUAUUGACAAUAUUAUUCAACUACUGAGAAUUAUUAUUAUAGCGAUGGGCGCACUCAUAUCACAAACAUUGCAGCCAAAGUAGUUUUGUGUCCAGACAGUUUUCUUGUCACAAUUAUAAAUGGAAUAUCAUGACUAAAAGGAAAAGGGAACAACCUAAGGAUUUAUACUUUCGAAAAAGAGAAUAUGCCAAAACAGCAACAAUAACUACCGUAUUUUCCGGAGUAUAAGGUGCAUUUUGUACACUCAAAUUUCACCCAAAAAAGGGAUGCGGCUUAUACUCCGAUGUUCAAAUUAACGGUGAUAAAUAGGGUAGAUGUCUGUAUUUUGCGGCCAAAAUGUGGUGCGGCUUAUACUCUGGGAAAUACCGGCAGUAUUAGA